UUACACAAAUCAAUGCUCAUGAAGCUGCUCUAGUUUUCCUUUACAAAUGAGUGAGAGAACUUUAGUUCCAAUAUUUUUCUUGUGGGCUCUCCUCACACCAACACUAAUUCUCUUGUCUGAGAAUUCCAAAGCCCACAUUGAGUCAAAUGGAAACUCAACCAUGGUGAUGAAGGCCAGAAGAAUGGGGGGUUGCAUGCAAAAUCAUAUCAGAAGACCACCAUCACCACCACCACCAUUCAUGACGGUUGCAGCAACACCAACUCCAUCUCCAAUAACUAAAACAAGAUGUGCUCCUACAAGAUCAUUUCAUAAUCAAACACUUAGAAGCAAUAGAACAGAUCACAAGCUCACUCUAUUGCUUCCAAAUAACACGUCAAAGUCAAGCAAACAAAUAUCAGAUAGACUUGUACAUGAUAAUCUUGACAAGCCUCUUGAAGCGCAAGGGGUAUUAUUUACGUAAUUCACAACGAGGAGCCAAGCGGGGAGGCCAUGACAAUCACAUUGUCGCAGCGAGUCAAAAUACUUUUUUGCAAGUAAUGCAGCACAAGGAAUCAAGACACUAAAAUCGUCCUCACAAGGACUCGGUGGAAGAUUACUGUUAGGGCGUUUAAUUUGGUAGAAGGUUCGGAAAAACAUUCCCGGAAUAAUAUUCCUUGGAGUGUGAUUGUUGGGAAUAUCAUUCCUGGGUAAGACUUAAAUUGUGUUUGGUUAGGAUUUAGGA